CCCGCAGCUGGAAAGAAAGAAAGAGAAGAAAUGGCACCAGCACCCGCUACUCGCUAGUAACUGGCCUUCAUUCUCUCUCUCCCCCAUGGAGAUGCUGAGGUCAUCUUGUUCCUCCUCCUCCUCCUCCACCGCCGCCCCUCACUACUUCCUCGACACCUACUACUCUCACGUUACUAGUUGGGGAAGUUCCAAGGAAGCACAAACAGCGACGACUAUGGCGGAAACCGCGCUACUUACCAACUUCAUGGAGCAGCAGCAAUCAUCAGGCCAUCAUCACCACCAACCUAAGCUGGAGGACUUCCUAGGCGGCGAUUCGUCGGGGUCGGUGGUUCGGUACUCGGAGCACAGCCAAACAGAGACUCAGGACUCUUCUUCCUUGACUCACAUCUACGAUAACGGCGGUGGAGGCGGAGGCGGAGGUGCCGCCUCCUAUUUCAGCGAACACCAGGCGAUUCCCGCAGGCUACCAAGGCGCCUUCCCCUCCAACCCCGGCGGAUGUGAAGUUGACGACCAGAUUGGUGGCGGUGGCGGUGGAGCCGAGUUAAUGGCGGCGGGCGGUGGCCAUCACUCGAUUGAGUCGGCGAGCAACGAGUUGGGGUUCUCGAGUCGUAGCAACGGGUUGUCCCUUGCGGUUACCACCGAUAAUAACAACAAUAGCGUACCGAUUAGCUCUUCUCCGCCUCCCGCCGUAGCGGUGGUCGCCGUUGUUGAAUCCGAUUGCUCUAAGAAGCUCGCCGAUACCUUCGGGCAGCGGACUUCCAUUUACCGAGGCGUCACAAGGCAUAGAUGGACAGGUAGAUACGAAGCGCAUCUAUGGGAUAACAGCUGUAGGAGAGAAGGUCAAGCCAGAAAAGGACGUCAAGUGUACUUAGGUGGAUAUGAUAAAGAAGAUAAAGCAGCUAAAGCUUAUGAUUUGGCUGCUCUUAAGUACUGGGGACCCACCGCCACGACCAACUUUCCUGUGUCUAAUUAUAACAAGGAACUGGGAGAGAUGAAAUAUGCAUCGAAACAGGAGUUUAUCGCCUCGUUGAGAAGGAAAAGUAGUGGAUUCUCCAGGGGUGCUUCCAUAUACAGGGGUGUAACAAGGCAUCGCCAGCAAGGUCGUUGGCAAGCAAGGAUUGGGCGUGUUGCUGGGAACAAAGACUUGUACCUUGGCACAUUCGCCACUGAAGAGGAAGCAGCAGAGGCAUAUGACAUUGCAGCCAUAAAGUUCAGGGGCUUGAAUGCAGUGACGAACUUCGAGAUGAAUCGAUAUGACGUGGAAACGAUCAUGAAGAGUGCUCUCCCCAUUGGUGGAGCAGCAAAGCGGCUAAAAAUCUCUCUGGAUGCCGAGCAGAAACCAUCUCCGAUGAGCCAAGCUCAACAACUACAACUGCAGCAGCAGCAACAACAACAACAACAAUGCAGCAGCAAUGGGAAUAACAUCAGUUUUGGAUCGGUUCAGCAACCGCUUUCGACAAUCCCUUGUGGCAUCCCCUUUGACGCCAUGACUGCCUACUACCAGCAUCAUCACAACCUCUUCCAGCACAUUUCAGCCGGUGGUGGUGGCAGCAGCCACCCGGGUGGAGGAGACUCUUCUGGUUCGGCCCAGAACAUGGAGAAUUCGAUGAGCUCGAUGUUGCCACAGACAACAGACUUUUUCCUGUGGCCUCACCAGCCUUACUAAUUUGUUAGAGAAAAGAGAGGUUUUGCUGACUUGGGAGUUGGGAACCAGCUAACAGUAGUAAGCUUACAAAUAGGUAGGUUUCGGUUGAAUCAUUGCAGGAUUAGGAGCAGAAAAAUGCGGUUGUUGUCGUAGGUUCAAGUUCGUUUUUUUCUUCUUUUUUCUCUCUUCUUCAUUUGAGUAGUUUAGGAAGCCAUGUUCAGUAAGCAGUGGUGCUGGUGGGAAUUUUGUAAGUAGCAUCAUGUAGUUGAAUGAUGGGUUUCUCGGGCAAUGGUAUCCUCUCCAAAAAUUUUGCGGAUUUUGUUUAUUUCUUCAGUGUCUUGAAUAUUCCUUCUGGUUUCAAUUCCAUGGCCUUUUUUACUUAGCUCAUUGCAAUUAUUAUGCUGUGUUCUCAAGUUUCAAGAUGGGGUGUGGAGACUUGGACAAUGAGGAGCAGCAGCAGCAGCAGCAGCAGAGUAUAUAUCAGGUGAGAAAUGGAGGAUUGGUGGUAGAAAUUAUUGUUUGCGGUAUUCGAUGAGAACUUGAUGUGUUCCUCUCCUCUCGUUACGGGCUGCAUGUGCUGUAAGUAGUGGAAGGAAUGAAUAUGAAUUGAAAAG